AUGACGAAGCAUUCGAGCUACGAGUACACGUCGCACCGCGUCGUGCGGAAGGACAAGUCCGAGCAUGAGAAAAGGACUGAGGUCGAAGCGGCAUUCAAGCGUAUCAGCAAGGGACCUACUUUCGUGAACAGGGUCCGACUUCUCGCCGACAGUCUCGAUGCCAUUGUCAAAAGUCUCGACGGCUUCGCUGCCGAGCUCGAGGAGCACAACAAGCUGAGCGUCGCCAAGGUCAAGAAGCUGCGAGAGCCCAUGCGCAUCACCGAGGAGAGCACCACUCGACUCGCUGCAGAAUUGGUAGCGUCGAUCCACCGCGAGAACAAGAUGUCGACCGAGCUGCACGUCAAAGGCAGCAUCACUGCAUCACGACCCGACUCGACAUCCGCCAGUCUCCGCACCCGAACCCCUCGCAUCGCAAGUCCAACGCUUUCCUUCUUCCGCUCUCUCGCCAUGCCGCCUAUCAGCAACAUCGUCCAGCCCAGGCUGAGGGGGGCCUUAGUCCUGUCGCAGGAACAGAUCGACGAGUUCUUCGGCGAUCCCGCCAAGCUUCGACAGCGCCAACAAGCGCACGACAUGUCCCCCGCCUCCCCCGGUAGGCCUGAGGCACGCGGCAUCGUUGCCCCGCGUGCUCUUCAGCAUGCAUCUUCUUCCGAAUCCGCCUCUCGGGAUGGCGAGAGCCCCAUCGAGGUGAUCAACCCUUUCACAAAGCACUCGGACCCCUUCACGCUUCACGGAACGACCUACUGGAACUACAUGGUGACUCCGCCGCUGUACUACGUCUCCAGGUACCCGUGGGAGGGAACGUUCCGCUUCAUCUGCAAGAUCACGGAGGCCAAUGUGGCCAGGACGUACCCACAGACGGUGCGGGAGAAGAUCACGGUGUCCUUCGAUGACGACUUCGACAUGAAAGUCUGGGCCUGCGCAGGUUCGCAGCUCUACAACGCUCUGGGAUUGGAAUGCCAGCUGUUCAGACGGGGUACUCUCGUUGUUCUGGAGAACGUCGAAGUGGUUUGGAACAGGAACGAGAAGGUGAUCGUCUUUGGAAUCGGCUCGAACAUCGCGCGCCUCGACGACAGCGACAAAUACGGACCGACUUGGCGUGACGUGGAAGGGGCUCUCGAUAUCCUCAAGCACUAUGGCAAGCAUCUCAAUCGGCAUCAGCCCCCCGACAUCGCUUUGCGCAGGCUCAUGCGAGCCGUGUUUCUGUCGUCGGAGCAGAUCGAGGAGAUCUUCAACGACCCCGCCAAGCUCCAGCAGUGCAGGCGAGCAUAUUUGGCAUGUCCCGCCGGACGUAUGGCCGUACCUCGUAACUACCGUCGAGUGGCCCCACAGGAGUCGAGCACGUCCGGCCCCGCUGGUACAGGCGAGGAGCCUCAAGACGAGUCCGACACGGUGCAAGACGACGACGCCAACAAUGCCAUCUUGGUCUCGCUGUUCGACCGCAUCGACUUUUCCGACCGCGCAUGA